UUAUAAAAAAUGUCAAUGGGACACAAGAAUCUGUUCGAUUUAAUUGAUUUUUCCUAUAAUGUGAAUUAAAGGAGUUUUCUCGUUACUUUUUAGUAGUAUAUCCUGCCGGUACGCGACUUUACAAACCCACUAUCAGCAACAGAAUAGCCAUCAAAACUGGCCAAUCUGAUUCGCUUAUUUUGAAAGAGAGGCAAAUCUGCAAAAUUGGAAUUUAAACUUUCGCGCAAUAAAAAAAAUAAUAAACCUUGCUUAAUAACAACAGCGGUAGUGAUUCUAAAAAAAAUGAAUUCAACAUUCCCUAUUUUAUUUAAUUCAAAGUUAAUUUUUGAAGAUAAAAAUGUUAUUCAAUUGCGAGCAUCAAUUAAAUCAGAAGAUGAAGCGAACCAAUGGGUAGAAGAAUAUGGACAUAAAACGCACACUAGAUGGCUAAAGUCAUACAAGCUGAAUGAACCUACAAGGCUUGUGGCACAUAGAAAAUAUCAAUGUCAACAUUCAAAACUAAAUAAAGAAAUUAAAUCAAGGAAAAACACAUACUGUGUAGCUGAAAUUGAUAUCAAAAUCAAAAAAGUAAAUGCAAAUACUAAGAAAAAUGAUCAAUAUCUAAAAGAAGAACCUCCCCUUAGUGGAGUUAUAGUAGUUCAUAAAAACCAUAACCAUAAAAUUGAAUGUGCAGAUUUGAUGAAAUACUUACCAGUGUCAUCAGUUACAAAAAAACUUUUUUAUAACUAUUUUAACAGUGGAUUAAGUCCAGCUCAAGCAAAACGUAUACACACAGAUAACUUUAUUUAUCAUGAAAAUGGCUCCUUUCUUUUGGCAGAUGCCUCACUUAAUCCUUCAUCACGUACAAUUUAUUAUUUAUACAAUUUAUGGCAAGAAAAACAUUUUGCUCUUAAAAAUCCUUUAGAGAUGUUAAAGAAUAAAAGAAAUGUAUACUUAGAAUCAGGAGCGUUGGUGACAGUUAUUGAAGAAGAUCUGAAAUGGUCCGUACUAGUGGUCACUGAAGUGAUGCAAAGGAAUCAACUAAGAAAAUCUUCUUCCGAAAUUGUGUUUGUAGAUACUACCUCAUCUUGUGAUAUCUCACAAACAAAUGUUACAAUUGUGUCUACAUCAAGUUCCGCAGGAUGUAUCCCUAUUGCUAUUCUAUUUCAUGCUAAUAAAACUGAAGAGAAUUAUGAGCAAGCAUUCAAACUUCUUAAAUUAGAAUGCCCAAGAUGUUUUGGAGGAUCUGAGGAGCCCCAAGUUUUUAUGCUGGAUGACUCAAGUGAAGAAAAAAAUGCACUAAGUUCUGUAUGGCCAACAGCAACAAUGUUAUUAUGUUAUUUUCAUGUAUUACAAGCACAAUGGCGUUGGUUGCUUAAAAAAGCUGCAAAAACUGAUCGUCAAAAACUUUACCAUUUGUUUAAAAAUAUUAUGUAUGCUGAUACAAGCAAAAAACUUGACUUAUCGUUGCACCAAUUAAAAAGCAUAAAAUUAACGCACCCAAAGUUUUAUAUUAGGGUUAAAAAAUACUAUAACAAGAGAAAGUUUGAAUUUGUCAUGUUAUAUAGAAAAGACUUAAUUAUUCGAAACCACAAUACAAAUAAUUUUAGUGAAGCAACAAUAAGAAUCCUUAAAGAUAUUGUUUUAUGUAGAACAAAAGCAUUCAAUGUUGCAGCACUUGUAGACUAUACUGUCAAUGUUUGGGACAGAUAUUAUAGCAACCGUCUUCUGAAUACUGCAUAUAAUCGUUGCUCUGCCUAUGAAAUAUUCUACAACAAAUUAUGUCAAAAAUCAGAAAAAAUAAACAUUAGUUCUAUUAAAUUGUUGGAGAGGAACACUUACAUUGUACCUAGUUUUAAAAAUUCAAAUGUCGAAUAUACAGUCAAUAGUGACGUUGGCUACUGUUUAUGUCCUAGUGGUAGGCAAGGUGGAUUCUGUAAACACAUGGCUGCAAUACAUAAAUUUUUUAAAAUUAAUUUUCCGUGCGCUCCACUUAUUACAUCGAAAGACAGAUACGAACUUGGGAAGCUUGCACUUGGAUCGAAGUGCCCUGAACCAGAAUUUUUUUUAAGUUUGAGAGAUAUAGAUCAAAGCGAAAUUGAAAUAUCUUCUAAUAUUUUAGUUGAAACUCAAGAAAACUGUUUGAUCUCUGGCGAUGCAAAUAACGAAGAUAUUUUGUCAUUGACGUGUACUGAAAAAAAAAACCAAUCGGAAUCUUUAAAUACAGAUUGUGAAGAAUUUAUAUUUGAAUUUAAAAAGUUAUUAGAUUUAGCUAAAAUCGAUCCCAAUUCUAAAAAAAUUAUUAAUAGUUUAAAGCUUAGACUGAAAAGUGUCAAUACCACCGAAAGCGCUUUAGCAACUCUGUUUUCAUUAAAAACAGCAUUAUGCUCAAAAAGAAGAUUCGGACAAAUUAAAACGCAACCGACUGCUGCUGCGAGACGAAGAGAAGGUCUGACACGUGGUAGUAGACCAGUGCCGAUGGGAAGACCUACUAAAGUUGAAGUUUUGAAACGGAAAAAAGUUAAGCGACAAAGAAAUAUCAGUCUAGCUGUUGAACAAAAUGUUGCUAAUGCUCAAAGUCAUUAACGUAUUUUUUUAGCAGUCUUAAAAGUAUUGUUAUAUAAUUUAUAUUUUAUUCGAAUAUACUUGAGUAUUUUUGCGCUAACCUUUUUGGAAAAAUUUGA